AUGGUUGAUCUGUUCCAGGGAACAUGGAAAUCCAUUUCUUGUGAAAAUUUUGAAGAAUAUAUGAAGGAACUGGGAAUAGGAAGAGCCAGCAGGAAACUCGGCUGUCUGGCAAAACCCACUGUGACCAUCAUUGCAAAGGGAGAUCUGAUCACUAUAAAAACCAAAAGCAUCUUUAAAAAUAAUGAGAUCUCCUUUAAACUGGGAGAAGAAUUUGAGGAAACCACACCAGAUGGCCAUAAAAUCAAGAGUAUGGUAACUUUAGAUGAUGACUCCUUGAUUCAGGUUCAGGGCUGGGAUGGCAAAGAGACCACCAUAAGGAGGAAGCUGGUGGAUGGGAAAAUGGUUGUGGAAAGUGCCAUGAACAAUGUUAUCUGUACUCGAACAUACGAGAGAGUACAAACAAACUCAGACUCAAACUCUUAG